UCGAAAUUUUGGAGUUUUGCGUGGGGUAGGCAGGCAUUAAGUAGAAGUUUCUCCAUUUUGGCAGAGUAACUCGAUCGGAAAUAGCCAUCAAGGGCCACAGCACGUAUGCUGCGCGUGUCGUGACAUACAAAGUCUACCUAUUAGGAUACUUUACCCCCACAGCCUUCUCUCAUUUGAGCUUCAGUUAGCGAACGAGUCACGACGAUAAUGUGUGAAAGCAGUUGAUAUACGCGUGGAAAAAUUCCUUUCAGAUAUGGAAAUUUUCUUUUGUGAGAUCGAUAAAGAUAACGUCCUAAACGAAGAGCAACGCUCCAAACACGAUACACUGGCAAAGAAAGUGUUAACAUUUCGCCGACAGGAAUAUGUUGUAAAGGCCACAGCCGACUCUCCUUGUUUCCCAAUCAUGUCGAGGUCAUACGUGGAGCAAGUCAGUAAUGUGGCCUGGCCAAAAAACAGAUUUUUUCGACAGCGUUCGCAUUCAUACCCAAUGGUGAAGCGUCUAAACCCGUUACCAUGCCUGAUAGAGGAAGAUGAAAACCUAGAGUUGGAAAAACCAGCGAUUAUUAACACAAGGGUUCCUGAGGUAAAGAAAUUGAACUGGACAGACAACAAGUUAUCAGAUGAGUGGCUGAACAAGAUCAACAGACUAACAUCCACCAUGAAUCACUUGGAGAUUUGCACACCAAAAAGCCCACAUCGUUCCGGAAAAUUGCCUACGCUAAACUCUAGCAGUGAUAGAAAAAGAGCAGGAUUUGUUCCUUGUCGUCAAGACUCGUCUAAAAUACGUGGAAUUGCACCAUCUGAACGCUUUGUAAAGGUUGUGAGGAAGGAAAGCUUGCCUCAACUUUCUGACGUACGCAAACCUGAUUCAACGUACAUUUCCUUGAUCAGCGGAUUAACACAGGAAACACAAAAGCAGACGCAUGCGCAAUUUGGUGGACACCACAUAGAUGGAGAGGGAACGAAUCAUGAACUAAAGAAGGCGAAAAACUGUAAAAAUCUAAAUUGCAUUCAAAUGAACAUGUUUACUCAACGAAAGCUUUUCUGCUCUUCCCCCAACGCUCAUCGUCAACUGUCGAGCAGUUGCGAGUACAUUAAACAGAUUGGCCGGUAGAUAAGGAUGCUAGCUAGUUCAUAACUGAUACAUGGUGGUAUACAGAUAAUGUUACCUGCCACUCGUGCACAAGGGAAGCGUGAAACAAGAGGACAAUAACACGGGGAAAGGUGUGAUGUAGAUAAUAAUGUGUUCGUUAAACCAAUGAUCUCUUUAAUUUUGCGCGAGCUCCUAACGAUGAUCUGUUAAAAAAAAAAAAACUAGUCGUUCGUGACU